AUGACGGCAACAAAGACAACACAACUCUCGUUUACUGGAUCGCCCCAUACGGAUCAAGCUCUGGCAGGUUUUGGUGCUGGUAUGGUGUCUACUGCAUUAUUACACCCGCUUGAUCUUAUCAAAAUUAGACUACAAGUGGAUGUUGCUAGAUACUCUAAUAAGAAUAAAAUGAUGGGCGCUACAUUUCGUUCGUUCAAAUCAAUUUUAGCUGAAGAAGGUGUUUGGAAAGGAUUGUAUAGAGGUGUAACACCCAACAUAGCAGGUGCUACCGUGAGCUGGGGCUUCUACUUUAUGUAUUAUAGUAUGAUUAAAAAAUAUAUGAGAAAGGAUGAUGAAGGGAAACUAUCAGCAGUCCAACAUUUGUUAGCAUCAGCCGAAGCAGGUGCAUUGACAGCACUCAUGUCCAACCCCCUUUGGGUGGUAAAGACACGUAUGUGCACAACCACUCGACAAUCACCUCACGCUUAUACUGGAUUAUGGCAUGGAUUGAAGACGUUAUAUGUGGAAGAAGGCUUGAAAGGAUUUUAUAGAGGCAUCAUACCCGCAUUAUUUGGUGUGUCUCAUGGUGCUAUUCAAUUUAUGGUAUAUGAAGAGAUGAAAAAGAAAAGAAACACAUUAAGACAGGAGAAGGGACUUAUCUCAACAGACGAGUUGAAUGCUAAAUUAAGCCAGUCAGAAUAUUUGGUCAUGGCAGCCACAUCCAAAGUGGCAGCUACAGCAGUGACAUACCCCUAUCAAGUCUUGAAAAGUCGAUUACAAAAUCACGCGACAAAGGACACUUAUACGGGCGUUAUUGAUUGCGGAAAAAAGAUCGUGCAAGCCGAAGGCAUCAUGGGAUUUUAUAAGGGUCUGGCACCUAGUAUUAUAAGAGUUUUGCCUGGUACAUGUAUUACUUUCUUGGUCUAUGAGAACCUGACUCAAUAUUUCAAAAAGCAUGCAGUUUGA